AAAGAAGAGGAGAAAUGUGAAAAUGUUUAAUUUUACUAUUAUUGUUAUCAUUUAAAGAACUAAUUGCAAUUUUCUAAAAGUAUGCAUUAUUGGGUACUAUUUAUUCAAGAAUGAAUUCAUCUGAUAAUCAGAACAUAAAUGACUUUGCUGUUCUUGAAGAUUCUAUUGAUAGUGAUCCAACCACAAAUCUAAUUGAGGACGAUAUUCAGUGUGGACUGAUAUUUUUCAGUGAGACAACAAGGGUUCUGAAGUUUUUUUGCACUUAUUGUGAAAAAGUUAGCGAAAAUAUCAAUUAUUUUUGUCAGCAUUUAAGUGAACAUAUAAACGAUGAUGAGAAAGAAAAGUUGCACGAAGGAUUUAGUGCCGACAUUAUGCCUGAAGAUUCUAUGGAUGACGACGCAACAGCAACAGCAACACGCGAGGCGGUAGUUUACGAAGCAGGACCAAAUCAGUCUCUCCUUCCAUGCGAUUUAGCCGGUUUUGAUGAAUCGAAAAUGGUUGUGGAAGAAUUGGAUGAAGCGGAGGAAAUAGCUGCAGAAGUGGAAGCGGAAAUGCGUCAAGAGUUUGAAGGCGAUCAAAUGUAUGUAAAUGAUGAAAAUAGUUGCUCAGAAGACUUUUUUGGUUACGUGCAGACUGAUGAAAAUCAUUUGAAAGUGAAAAACCAAAGAGAAGAACAGAAGUCCACAAACGACUUCAAAAGAACUUCAAAGGGACAAGUUAAAAUAAUGCAAUUUAAAAAUUCCAAAAAGAAAAAACGCGUAACUACAGUAAAGGUUAUUGCUUUGAAAAAUAGAGUAGCGGAACUUUAUGAACGUAUUAAGCUUGAAGAAGAGCGGCGAUCUCGAAUUAACACCACAAAUCCUGAAUCUUGCGAUGUACCGAUGGAUGAGCAAAACAAUGUAAUUACUAGAGAAAAUGAAACGUCCGUUGAGGAAAGUACGGAACCGGUACGCCAUAUAAUUGGCGAAACGGUCAUUACACUGCUGCCACAAACUGUAUCGAAUGUUGAACCAGCCAAAUUCAGUGGCAAUGUAGUGCCCAUGAUAAAUAACAUAAACAGGCAAGAUAGCACCGAUGAUAAGACGACUUGUCCUGCUUGUGGAAGGAAAUUCAGGAGUGCCUUUAGCCUUACCAUUCAUAAGCGUACUCAUUAUCUGGAAUCGGACAGCAAUGUAAAGUUGGCUCACAAAUGCUCCGACUGCGAUCAGUUGUUUAAUAAAAUUCCAGAUUUAAAAGAUCAUAUACAACAGGUUCAUUAUCCUGAUGGAUUUAUAUGCAAAAUAUGUAAUAAAAAACUUACAAGUCUCACCCUUUUGGAGACACACAUGAGAAAGGUGCAUCUAUCUAGACCAUUUAAUUGCGAAAUUUGUCGAAAGAACUUUGACACCCGCGAUCGGUUUGAAGAACAUGUUAAAGCGCAUGUAUCAGGUCAGCCAUAUCGAUGCCACAUAUGUGGGCGAAAAUACAGUACAGAAUGCAUACUUAAACAGCAUCUGCGUAGACACAAGGAACAAAUUCCCCAAUGUUGCGUGGUUUGCGGAAAGCUGACUUUGCGUAUAACACAGCAUAUGAAAAUUCAUGCGCCGCGACCGAAAAGGAUACUUAGCUGCAAAGCAUGUGGCAAAGUCUUCAAUUUCAGUUCAGGUUUGAGUCACCAUUACAAAGUAAUGCAUAAACUACAGAAAUCUCCUACAAAAGUAAAGCAAGAAAACGUAGCUCAAAUACCAACUGAUGAAGAGGAGAUCAAAACAGGAUUAGUGGUGGUGAAAGAAGAAACUGAUAGGACAGAAAACUCUGAAGAGAUCAUACAAAAAGAGGAAGAGGCGAAGCGAGUCAUCGUCGAACUUAUACAAAAUGCGACUUAUACUUCAUUUUUUCCGGAAAAUUUUAAUAGUUCGAUGGAUUCUGGGCCACCAAUAGCACGUGAGGAAACGAUUUCGGCUGUAAAUAGCAUUGUAAAUGAAGAAAACUCAUGAAGUAAUAUUUACAAAUUAAUUUGUAGGAAUAUUUUGUAUAUGUUGGUAGAAUAAUGAUUAUAGAAAAACCAUAAAUAAAUAUCAAAAUAUAAAUGAAAGUAUUCCGAUGCAAUCCGAUUAAUCGUGAAAAGUAGACGAUAAUCAAUGACGGAAAUUAGUUCAAUAUUAGACUUGGUUGUAUAAUCGCUCGUACCUUCAAUAUUUAAGUGGCAACCCUCAUCGUACGUCAAAAUUGUCAUAUCGGCUCAUUAUCAGUUAACAACCUUGUUAAUUUGUUUGCAUCGGCAAAUAACACGCGUUAAUUAUUUAGUUGCAGUUGUUUAAAUUCUAUAAAAAUGCAUCCAGAUCUUACUGAGCGUAUAUUGCAGCAUUUAGAAAGCACCGACAGAGUUAGCACCAUUGACUUGGCCACAUUGUUUGAUGUAGAUCAUCAGAAAAUUGUUGGUGCAUUGAAAAGUAUCGAAGCUCAUGGAGAUUUGUUAAAAGCUGAAGUAACCUUAGUGAAGAGUUUAGAGUUGACGGAGGAGGGGCAGACUGUAAUGACGAAUGGUAGCCACGAAGCAAAUUUAUAUGGUACUGUGCCAUCGGAAGGAGUGCCUCAAGACGAACUUAUGAAGAGUGGUCCAAAUGCUAAGAUUGGGUACAGUAAAGCGAUGUCACUCGGUUGGAUAUUUUUAGACAAAUCUGUGAGUCCACCACUCGUCAAAAGAAAAGUGGACAAAAUCGAAGAUACGGUAAAGAAAUCUUUGGAAGAGAUAUCAAAAAACAAAGCUGAUCUUCCACCACAUGUUAUUAAGGAAUUUAAAAAGCGAAAAUUGUUGCAAGAGAUUACAACAAAAAGCUUUAUUUUAAGUAAAGGACCGGAAUUCGCCACGACGUUAACGAAGCUGGAGACAGAUUUGACAGUGGACAUGCUAGCUAGUGGAUUGUGGAAGGACCUUAAGUUUAAAUCGUAUAAUUUCGAUGCCUUGGGUGCUGCUCCUAUGAGAGGACACUUGCAUCCUCUACAAAAAGUGCGUACUGAAUUCCGUCAGAUAUUUUUGGAAAUGGGCUUUUCGGAAAUGCCCACAAACAACUAUAUUGAGUCGUCUUUCUGGAACUUUGAUGCGUUAUUUGUGCCACAACAGCAUCCCGCUCGAGAUGCUCAAGAUACAUUCUUUAUAAGCAAUCCGGCAAAAAGUUAUAAAUUUCCACAAGAAUAUAUGCAACGUGUGCAGGAGGUACAUUCACGUGGUGGUUAUGAUUCAACUGGUUAUGUGUAUGAUUGGAAAUUGGAAGAAGCUCAAAGGAAUACGCUGCGCACUCACACUACCGCAGUAAGUGCACGAAUGUUAUAUAAAUUGGCAAAUCAAGCGGAAGGUUUUCGUCCAGUAAAAUAUUUUAGUAUUGAUAAAGUGUUCCGAAAUGAGACACUGGAUGCAACACAUCUUGCUGAGUUCCAUCAAGUAGAGGGUGUAGUUGCAGAUAUAGGUCUAACACUAGGUGACUUAAUUGGCACAUUAUAUGAGUUCUUCCGCAAACUUGGAAUUGAGAAGCUGGAGUUCAAACCUGCUUAUAACCCCUAUACCGAACCCAGCAUGGAAAUCUUCUGCUUUCAUCCAGGUCUUAAUAAAUGGAUUGAGGUUGGAAAUUCAGGAGUUUUUAGACCAGAACUCUUGUUACCUAUGGGUUUGCCAGAUAAUGUUAAUGUAAUUGCUUGGGGUCUGUCAUUGGAACGACCAACAAUGAUAAAAUAUGGCAUCAAUAAUAUACGAGACUUGAUCGGACCUAAAGUUGACUUGAAAAUGGUAGAAGAGGGACCGAUUUGUCGUUUGGAUAAAUAAAUGCAGUUUUCUUGAGUAAUUUGAAAAAAGAAUGUAAACGUUGGAAUGUUUGAUUAGAAUAUUUAAUAAAAAUGUAUUUAAAAACAGUUCAGCAUUUUAUGUUAAAUACCUAUCUAUAUUUAUACAAACUUAUUUUUAAUGAAAAAAAUAUAAACAUUUUUGAUUCUUGAUUCUUGGUUAGCAAGCAAUGAAAGUUUACGUGUGUACACUCCAGAGUAAGUUGUAUAAGUUUAAAUAGUCUGUAGAUGUCGCCUUAGUCAUAGGCAUCAGCUGUCACUAUUUUUGUUGUCUUCCAUUGUAUGCAUUUGCAAAAUUGUCAACAAAUUAUACAUAUUUAUGUUUUUAUUCCCAAAAUAUAAUUAACGCGAAUAUUUUUAAAUGGAUACGAGUGUUGGGCAAGAAAACAAAAUACCUGUUUCCGGGAAAGAUGCGGCAGCAACAUCACUGCUAAACCAAUUCAUUUUGGGACAAUUGAAAGAGAAACAUGUUUCGAACAGUGAAGUUGAAUCGCCUAAUGGAUUCGUGUUACCUAAGUUGCAAAUGGGUAAUUCGAAUGCUGGAAACUUCGUUAUUCCACCAUUAAAAUUAUCCCAAACAACUAUUACCACAGUGUGUAAUGUGAAAUUAUCAUCUUUGAUAAUUGCACAGACAUCAAAAAACGAUAAGAAAAUUAUUGAUGGCAUUGGAGAAAUUAGUAAAGGCGUCAACAACCUUCAGGUGAAUGACUCAAGAAUAGAGAAAAAAGUGGGACUAUCAAACAAUGCUAUUGACCUAACUGCCGCAUUAAGCACUGCUUCAGGAAUUUUUGUGCAAAAUAAAAAAACGGUAUCUCCGCCCGCUGAAGACUUCCAUAUACCAUUUAUAGAGUGUGAUCGUGAAGAGAAGCCUAUUCAAUUGCCUGUCAUUAACAAUUACUUCCAGCCAAGUAGCAACAUCUCUACAAUAUUCGAUAACCAAAAAUUAGCUACGCCAUCACCGUGUGGACGAAUUAUCUGUCUAAAAUAUAAACGAACACAUCCAUUUCCGAAAAUAAGUCACGUUUUUAAAGUAAAACAUAAAAUACAUCGUUUUCAUUUCGAUACCAAAUCGCCAGAUGAUAUUGUAUUGGCCACAUUAAACAAAUAUCAUCGACAAUACUGACGAAGGCGGCAAUGCUGUCUACUAAAUAUUUUGAAACUUGUACGCAUUAUAAGAAUUGACGUUUGCAACAUUAAAAUAUUGUACAAAAAACUUAAUUAGAAUUA